AUGGCGCUUCUGUUCUCAGUCAUGGAUCUCAUGUACAAAACCGACAUCUCUGCUUUUGGAGGUAUUCCAAUAUCCGCGAUUAGUUCCAUGAACCUCGCAGAACUCUCCAAGGACUCUUUGCACUACCGUAAAGUCUCAGCGGCCGCAAUGACCUUGAUGUGGUUCAGUAUAUGCUCUGUCAAAUUCUGUUUCUUGGCGUUCUUCAGACGGUUGAUUAGGCAGCAACCUGUUAUGGUCAAAUUCUGGUGGUUUGCUGUUGUCUUCAAUUCCAUAGUUACCGGCUACGGUGCGGUGAUAUACACGGCAGCCUGCCCUUAUUUCAAGCCCGAGGAGCUUUUACAAGCCAUUCAGUGUGUGCAGGGCGAUGGAUUAGUCACUAUAAUACGUUACUCGAUGUCACACAUGGUCAUCGAUAUUAUAGGAGAUUUUUUCAUCUUGGUUAUACCCAUAGUGUUGAUAUGGAAGAUUCGAAUCAGCUGGAAACAGAAAAUCGCCCUUUCCUUCACGCUCUGCUUGACAGUUGUGAUGAUCGCCAUUACGAUCACCCGAAUUACCGGUCUCCAGUGGAAGGGGAAGUUAGACUUAGUCUGGGAGAUUUUCUUCAUCGCCAUCGCAGCAGAGAUUGGGCUAUCGUUAGUCGCCAUUACUGCCUUUCGCGCACUGUAUGUUUCAAAGUCAAAGAGCCGUCAUGUUCCAGGUGCAAUUUCCACGUUCAACUGGUACCACAAGGGGAAAUCAUUCAUGUUGGGAGUCUUUAGUAACAUUGGAGGAAACUCUGCGCGGGGCAAAUCAGAAAGUCACGAGAUGCAUGGUAAAACGGACGACGAUCUUGGGGACCCCAUUCCGAACGCCACCAUGACCGGCAUGAGAACCUUCAUUGAUCAAAAUGGGAAAUCUGAGGUUUACGAAACCAUGGAUGAGGAAGGAAGAAUAUGGGUGCUCCCUUGAACCAGCACCAUUCUUCAUCAUUUGUUUGUUCAUCGAGGAGGAAUUCGAUCACGCAAUUAGUAAGGACUGUAGGUUCAGAACAAUAACUUUCCGGUACCUCUUUCUUUAUUAGACCCUUCCUCAGGAAUUAUGCUUCAUAGCAACAGUAGAUCCCUUCCGAUUAUGCGUAUACAUGCAGGACUGAGUCUAUUAUGUGAUCAACGCACAUUCCAUGCGGCACACACCUUGUCUUUUUAGUUAUCGCUUGUUUGUUCGGUCUAUUAUUGCUGUAAACCCCUCGCUGUGUGUAGGAUCACCUAAACCCUAACUCAGAAUCAAUGCAAACACUUAGGACUAUAAAACAUGAAUAUUCCUUUGAGCUCUAGGCAAAAAAAUAAAAUAAAAAUAACAAUACACAUGUUCCGUGAUUAGGAUUAUAAAACACGAUAAAUAUGCCCUCGAGCUCUAGGAAAAAAACACAUGUUCGGCGGUUAUCACGAAACUGAUGAGUAAUGAUUAUGUAUAGCUGAGUGCGGAUUGUGUCAACGAAGACACAUGUAGGACAGCAACCCCACAUGACAGACCGUACUGCACACUACAAAUAUGCUAGAAACACAAAUACUCUUACAACGAUGCAAUUCCCAUGGUCAAAAUAUGAAUUAAUCUUCUCUCUUCUAGUCAAUACAACCAGUAAUCUACCCACAUGUGCAUGUUAUCAAUUGAUACACCCUGUCUAGCCAUAUACAUAUCAAGGUUUCCUAGACCCCGCAAUUGUGAACAACACAAUCCGCAUAACGCGUUACAGACAUAAAAAUAUCUUCCUCUUUCCUCCUGAGAAAAUCAGCAAACUUUACUGGCCCUCUAACGUCUCCAUUUUCCUCUCCCUUCCUCCCUCUCUCUCUUUC